AUGCCGCUUUAUCUCUUGCCAAAUGCCAACCGUCCGAUGUUCUGCAGUGCCAUCUUCACCAGUUUGGAGAAUUGGUCUAUACCGACGGAUAUUUCACGGGGAAGGACUUACACGAACGCUGAGAGCUUCUAUCUUGAUUUGCUCGCUGUUCAUGAUAAUCAUCUACUAUAUCAGGGGAAUGCUGCAGUUCAUGAGAUUGAUGCAUGUUCACAAGCCAAAGAUCUAGUGCUCAUGAAAGCCUUGAUUCAUCAAUUUACUAAUCGACAUGUCUGUGAGGGACCUUUUGUUAUGCAAUUAACGAAUAUGCAUUCAAGCAACAUUCUUGUUGAUGAAGAUUGGAACAUCAACUAUAUUAUUGAUCUUGAAUGGGCAUGUUCUUUGCCAUUAGAAAACCUGCAGCCUCCAUUUUGGUUGACAGGGACAGGUGUUGAUGAAAUCGAGGGCCGAGAAGAAUAUGAACAAAGACUCUACUCUCGGGCUGCACACGUGAAAACAGCUUCAAAGGACGGCCACUACUGGUAUUUGAGUGCAUUGAAGACUCCGAAAAGUUUAUUCAACCAUUUCAGGGAGCACCUUGAGCCAAUAUUUGAUGAAAGUGCUAAAAAUGAUAGCUCGAGACGGGAUAUCCCUGUUCUGGCGCCCUGA